AUAGCUGCAUUCCUGGCGAGCAGCGACUACAUCACAGGGAGACCUGACCUGCGCCUCUAAGCAGCGUGAGAUUCCCUCUCUCCAGCAUUACUGUCGCGAGCAGUCACCUAAACCAGUGUUUCUCCAACUCCCUUCCUUCAUUACCAUCGCUUGACCGUCCCAGCAUGCCUUCCAACCUGGAUUUACAAGGCGGAAAAGCCUUCGGGUUACUCAAAGCACAGCAGAGGGAGAAACUGGAGGAAAUCAAUAAGGAGUUUAUGGAAGACCAGAAGUACAGGGAUGAAGAGGAUUUACCAGAGAAGUUGGAUUCUUUAAAAAAUAAAUAUGCUGAGUUUGACCUGAAUGAUCAGGGGGAGAUCGACAUGAUGGGCUUGAAGCGAAUGAUGGAGAAGUUGGGUGUGCCAAAGACCCAUCUGGAGAUGAAGAAAAUGAUCUCGGAGGUGACCGGAGGUUGCAGCGACACCAUCAACUACAGGGACUUUGUGAAAAUGAUGCUUGGCAAGCGAUCAGCUGUUCUCAAACUGGUUAUGAUGUUUGAAGACAAAGCUAACGGGACCAGCUGUAAACCCGGUGGACCCCCUCCCAAGCGUGACAUCACCAGCCUACCAUAGACCAGUGGAGAUGGAUUUGAUUGACAUCUCUGCAUUCACAAAUCCCGCCCAUUUAACAUUAGGGGCUAGGUUUCUAUAGCCUUACCUAGAAUAUUUUUGGCAAGAUCCAGGGAAAAUCUUAGUUCAUAGACAGACAAAAUUAAGAAAAAAAAGAAAGAUGUCUAUAUUUGCUGUGAAAGUCAAAGCGUAUAGUAGCUUUUUAUAAGUAAACAAAUGUAUAUAUUUAUAUGAAAAAGGUGUUUUUGAAUCGUGUUUACAAGCACAAAUCCUGUAAGUGGGGGAAGUUGAGUGUGUAACACUGCAAGUGAACCAAGUAAAGUGUACAGGAUGACACAAUUUUAGCUUGUAAGGCAAAUUUUAAGAAUUAAGAUUUUUCAUCUUCCCCAUAAUGUGUGAAUUGUUUCAUUUCAGUACAUUCGUGUUUGCCAUUUGAGUCGCUUGAAGAGUUCUUUAGCUUAUGCUUAACACAGAGUCCUAUAAUGUGACAUCAUAGAUGUUUGUGUGUAAGAGGCUCUUUUAAGAAUCAGUUAGUGCUCAGCCAUGAAAAAAAAAAACUUCAUUUAGCUUGAUCUGCUUCUUGAAGCAGGAUUUCCUUUGUAACAUUUUUGUACAGGAAGGCGCAGGGAGUGAAAAUGCUGGGAUGUGAGUGAGGGAGAAGGCAAAAAGGGACGACCGUUCAUUCCUCAGAUUUUCUUUGCUCAUUCUCUGUCCAUUUUUUACUUUCCACGGUCUUCAAACUGUUU